AUGGCUCCAUCAGAAUCUUCGCCUCUACUCAACAACAUCUCUUCUCCAUCCCAAUUUUUCGCUUCCAAACUAUUCCGAAAUUUCAAGAACACAAGAAAAUGGGCUGUGGGAAGUCUCAUCAAAGUUGGAAUGGGCACAGUUUCGACAAUCUCUUCUCCUUCAUCAUCAUUACGUUCAUCUAACAUAGAUUGGAAUUAUUCCAAUGGAAUGAGCACAAACACUGAUCCUUUUAGUAUUGUUGUUAGAACGUAUGCAUCCUUGUACGGAAGAAGAAGCUACUCCUCUUCAAACAACACUAAGGAAUCGGUAAAUAAUGAAGAGAAAAAAAUUGAAACAAAACAUGAAACAAACGCCGUGAUAAAGAAACAAACAGAAAGUGAUUUUCUGUUAACUUCUAUUCAUGAUAUUGAUAAAUAUAUCCAAUCUCACAAGAAUGAACUGACAAAAGAAGAAGCAGUUCAUGAAUUUUUCAAAAUGAUGAAAUUUUGUUUGGCCUAUUGUCAAUUACAUAAUGGAAGAGUUUCAAAAAAGUUGAUUUCACUAAUCUAUUCGGUAGCCAAAGGCGUGUUAAAAGCAGUGCAAAACAACUCUCAAUUUUUAAGAGACAUUUACAAUUUGCUUUGCAUGCUUGAAUUUAAAAACUAUCCUGCUCUACAUAUGCCCUGCAUUCAACUUGCAUUUGGGUUUAGAGAGACCAAAGAUAUAGAAAUGUGUGCUUCCUUAUUUGAAAAUCAUAUUUUACCAAUUCUUCAAUCAGUUUAUGAAUCAAAAUCUGAUUUUUAUAGCGAUUAUUUGCUUGCAGCCUUUAUUCUAUUACCUGAGUUUGCUGUCAUCAGAGAAGACUUUGUGGAAAAGAUAUUUGAAUGCACUUCAAAAUUUGUUCCUAACGAUUGUUAUAGCCUACCGAAUGCGGUGAUUAUAGAAAGGAAUUAUUCCGUACAGUUAUUACCAACAACAAAUCAAAGCGGACUGAUACAGGUCCUGAAAUAUUUCUCCAAGUACUUCUUUGAAUACAUAUCAAGCGUUGAGACAAAAUCGAAGAAGAAUGGAGCAUUUGAUGGGAACAUAUUGGUUGCAUCCUUUAAAAACAUUCGAAGAUUCGGUAUGCAGAUAGAGAUUCAAAAGUACAAUUAUGCUCUCGAAGUUUUAGUCAGAAAUAACAGCCCUCAAGCAACGGAGUUUUUCGAAGAGAUUCUUGAACUAGGGUAUACUAAACCAGAUGAAACGACCUAUGGAACUCUUGUGAAACAUCUAUCAAAUAAUGUAAAAAAGGGAAAGGAAGGGCAUGAUCUCGUGAUGAAGUGUUAUAAUGACAUGAUGGAAUCAGGACGGGUAAACCAAAAAGCUCUCACAACAUUUUUAACAGUCACUAGAUACCAUUCAACACGUUUCCAAGAACUUCGAGAAAAGAUAGCCAAUCAAUUAUAUGAUUGGAAGGAGCCACUAGACCAAUUUUCUACUACAGAGGCAAUUCUCCAUACUAUUCAAAAGCAUGGAAUUGAAGUAGCCUAUGAAAAGCUGGGUGAUCUGCGUAGAGAAGGGAAAGCUGAAAUGUCGCCUAGUGUCUACAAUGCUAUUUUGCACGCUGUUUCUAGUGACAUUCAGCAAGUGACUAUUGCAUUCAACGUUUUGAAUUAUAUGAUUGAAGACAAGAUUAAUCCCAACGAUCAUAUAUUAGUCAGUCUCUUGAGUAUUGAAACCAAGUUGCACAAUCUGUUAUAUAAGCCAGGAAAAGUAGAUCCAGUAAUUGUGGACAGAUUAGAACGAUAUAAAGCCACUAUCGACUCGUUAUUGAAAGAUCUGAUCGAAGAUGUUUGUGAGGGAAAGGCACACAAUUAUGUACUUAUUUCAGCAGCUAUGAAACGAUUUAAGGACACUCAAGAGUAUGACAAGGUUAUUAAGAUUUUUGAGAACAUCCGAGAUAGGAUGACAAUGGAGGCAAAACAGGAUGGAUCUAUAUAUUUAAUUGUUAUGAAAUCAUGUGAAUCGAAAAAGAAUGUGCAAGCUCUUUACGAAUGCCUUGAACAUUUGUUGAGACAAGAAUUACCAGUAAUACCAUGGCAGCUGUAUAGGCAUAUCAUCUCGUUGAUCUCGAGAAUAGAUUUUGGAACUGCAGAACAAAAGGAUCAUUUAGUAGAACAAAUAUACACAAAAUACGCUCCAUUAUUUGCAGAUGUAGAUCAACUGAAGAGACAAGUUGACCCAAAAUGCCUCGCAAAAACUGCUUGGAAAAUUCCACCCGGCAAAGGGUUGACCUCAGCAGAAGUUGCGUUUAUUGAAAACGCCAAGCAAGUAAUAGCAAGGAAAUCACAAGAAAGCAGUAGUGUAACAAUUGAUGAACAAACUCAAUGA